AACCAAAGUAGUGUACAAUAUAAAAAAAUAUAGAAAGUCAAAACAAACGUUUGUUUUCUUCGCCGAUGUAAGAAAAUAAGAUUAAUUUUAAGAAAAAGGUUGAUGAAUAAUGCCCGAAAUGGAGAUUAAAAGAAGAGGAGAAGAAUAUUCAGUAGUACCAGCAAAGAAAACCCGCCAUGAAGUAUCAGUUAUUGGAACAAGAGAAAAAGCUGUGGUAACCUCAUCCGUACCUAGAACAUCAAAUCUCUACGCUCCAAUCAUGUUGUUGGAGGGCCAUCAGGGUGAGAUAUUCACAGCCAAGUUUCAUCCUGAAGGCAAACAUUUAGCAUCAGCAGGCUUUGACAGGCAAAUAUUUUUAUGGAAUGUGUACGGGCAAUGUGACAAUGUCAUGGUGAUGAAGGGACACACGGGCGCAGUCAUGGAGCUGUGCUUCUCCCCCGACGGCGCACACAUGUACACGGGCGCGACGGAUAACACAGUGGCCGUGUGGGACGUUCCCACCGGCCAGAGGAUCAAGAAACUCAAAGGGCAUGCUAACUUUGUCAACUCUGUCAAUGGAGCGAGACGAGGCCCAGAGUUAAUAGUAUCAGCUUCAGAUGACAAUACCAUAAAACUAUGGGAUGCUAGGAAGAGGAACCCCAUAGCAUCAUUUGACAGUGGCUACCCGGUCACAUCAGUAUUGUUUAAUGACACAGCAGAGAAAAUAAUUUCCGGUGGCAUAGACAAUGUAAUCAAAGUGUGGGACAUUAGGAAUAAUCAAAUAUCUUAUAAGAUUAAAGGACAUACAGACACUAUAACUGGCAUGUCCCUCUCAUACGACGGUUCAUACUUGCUGUCCAACUCCAUGGACAACACGCUGCGGAUCUGGGACGUGCGGCCCUUCGCGCCGUCCGAGCGCUGCGUCAAGCUCAUGUCGGGACACCAGCACAACUUUGAGAAGAACCUGUUGCGAUGUGCUUGGUCCCCCGAUGGCUCCAAGGUGGCGGCGGGCUCGUCGGACCGCUUCCUGUACGUGUGGGACACGACGUCGCGGCGCGUGCUGUACAAGCUGCCGGGCCACCACGGCGCCGUCACCGACGUGCACUUCCACCGCAGCGAGCCCGUGCUGCUGUCCGCCUCCAGCGACAAGACCGUCUACCUGGGCGAGAUCGACAAUUAAACGCUUUAUUAGAUCAA